AUGCAGGCUCUUCUUUUCUUUUUAAAGGCGGAGGGAGAGGUAGCAGAGAGGCAGACGCCUAGGGGGGGGGUGGUGAAAAUUGAAGAAGAAGAAGAUGGUGAUGAUGAUGAUGGCGAUGAUAGAGCAGACGGGGGGCGCAGGAUUCGCCGGUCUGCCUGCCUGCAUCUAUGUCUUUCUCCUCGCCGUCUCCCUUUUUUCACCGACGAAUAUAACGUAUAUACAGACAGACAGAGAGAGAUAUUCGAUAUCGAAGUUUCGAUGCGAGUUGCGUAUUGUAAACCGGUAUCCGUAAUACCAACCAUAUGCAAAAUACGCCAAAGAAACCCCGUCCAAGGAACUUUCCAACCCUUUUUUGUUUUUUUUUUUUUUUGGUUAUAUUUGCUUCUUCGCUUCUCUUCAUCUUCAUCUGCUUCGCCCUUUUUUUUUUCUUCUUUUCUCCGACCAGAAAAGAGGCUUCAAGGGCUUGCCUUCGCUGCUUGCGAAGGGGCCAUCGCCAGCCAGAGACGCCAGCUAGUCAGGAUCGUUAAUGAAACGGCGCUCACGAAGAAGCAAAAUACCACCACCAACCCCCCCCCCAAGUCUCAGCCCUUUGACCUUUCUGCCUGCCUUCUGACACUCGCCGUGCUCCACCGGUGGACUCUCUCCAGGCAUACAGAUAGAUCGCAGGGCACCUUGAUGACUUGA